AUGUCCUCGCCGCCGUCUUCGCCGCCGCCUGGGCGGAGCGGUGCAACUCCACACAUCCGACUCAACUCCGGCAGCGAUAACAUCCUGGCGAACGACCCAGCAGAGCGGCCACAGACAUCGCGACAACCAUCGUCCAGAUCGUUAAUACCCCAGAGGCCCGGCACUGCUCCUUCAUUACGGAGAGAGAAAUCACAAAACUCGCUAUACCACCAACCCGGCCAUGUCGCCGAGUCUGCAGAGUUGCUAAUACCGCCGAAGAAAAUCAAGACAAGACGAUUCCGCGAUGAUGAUUCACCCAUGCGGUCGCCGUCUGGCUUCUCUUCACGACGCACAAGUUGGAGCUCGGAAUCUGCUGGAAGUCGAGACAGCCGGAUGGGGCCUUUUGUGUCGCCCUUCGACGACUCGAGAGCACCGUCGAGAGCGGGAAGCGACGAUGAAGGUGUGAAUACGCAGACAGUGUCGGAGAAAUAUAACAUUCUGCCGUCCGCUGGCCUGCUCUUGUUCCCUGAAGAUGUCGAGAAAGACGAUUGGCUGCAUAACCCGGACCCGAAUGAAAAGGAGAAGCGAGAGUGCGACAUCUUUACCAAGCGCGGCUUAGUCAAUAUCGGCGGCCUGGCGUUCAUAACCCUGGGUAUACUGGUCUUAUUUAUCGGAUACCCGAUCUUGACCUUCGUGCAGAAGAUUGUCGACCCGGUCGGCAAGUCUUGCUCAUCCAAUCCGAAUUGCAUAGACGUCGGGCCAAUAUCACAUUUCAAGAACAUCCGAUCAGGUCUUAUUGACCCAGACACACCGGACUCGGUCAAGUCAAGGAAGACAUUCAAGGGCAAGAAGCAAGUCCUUGUGUUUUCGGACGAAUUCAACACGGAUGGGCGCACGUUCUACGAUGGCGAUGAUACUUAUUGGCAGGGUGUAGAUAUCUGGUAUGGUGCGACACAGGAUGUGGAGUGGUACGAUCCGGAUGCUCUGGUAACUCGAGACGGUGUACUCAACAUCAAGUUCGACGCUUUUCAGAAUCACGGUCUCAACUACCGCUCCGGCAUGUUGCAGUCAUGGAACAAGAUGUGCUUCAAGGGCGGACACGUAGAAGCCAGUAUAUCGCUUCCUGGGCGGGGCGACACUACCGGAUUCUGGCCUGGUUUCUGGACAAUGGGUAACCUCGGCAGACCUGGAUAUUUGGCGACUACAGACGGCAUGUGGCCCUACAGCUACCACCACGAAUGCGACGCGGGCAUCACUAAAAACCAAAGCUCGACCGAUGGGUUGAGUUACCUGCCGGGGAUGAGGCUUCCGGCUUGCACCUGCAAAGGCCAAGACCAUCCAAGUGCUGGCAAGUCCCGGAGCGCGCCAGAAAUCGAUGCCCUGGAAGCUACGGUUGAUUUCUUGGAUCCUCCGGAUAAGGCGGCUAUCGGUGUAGUGUCACAGAGUUGUCAGAUUGCGCCGUUCGACAUGUGGUAUCAGCCCGAUUAUGAUUACUUCGAGUUAUACGACAACCGCGUCACCCAUAUCAAUACUUACGCCGGUGGCCCCUUCCAACAAGCCAUUUCCGGUCUCACUCACUUGAACAACGAUUGGUACGAUGGCAACGCUUACCAGACAUACUCAUUCGAAUACGAACCCGGCGCUGAUGGUUAUGUCACCUGGUACGUGGGUGAGGAGGCUACCUUCACCCUGGAUGGCCGAGCACUCCGAGCAAACGGCAAUAUCGGACAGAGGACCAUACCGGAGGAACCUAUGACUGUCAUUGCCAACUUCGGCAUGUCGAACAGUUUCGCGCCGCUCAAUUUAACGGGUCUCGCUACACUCAUGCCGGCGACAAUGCGAAUCGACUACAUUCGCAUUUACCAGGACGAGGACAACGAGAUGGUGACCUGCGAUCCGCCUGGUUUUCCUACCACCGAUUACAUUGCAAAACACCCCGAGCCAUACGCCAACCCCAACAUGACGCUUUGGGAACAAACCGGAUACGAGUGGCCCUCGAACUCCUACGUUGAUGGUUGCUAA